UUGCAGUUCACUACGCCGCCGCUCUUUAGUCCUACCAAUGGUAGGUGUUCUGUGACCGCAAGGUUUAUUCGCUAAAUACCAGUCUGCAACAACACACGUAUUCAACGCCGUGAAUAGUACCAGAGCAGUCCUGCCAGUUUUGAAGGCGGUUCAGCCGCGGAAAAAUGUCUCACUGUGCAAGCAAGCCUUCCUUCUAGUCAGCGAUCGUAAAUGUGGUCAACUAAUGCAGUGACCUAGGCGCCUAGUUGCACGAUAUGGCAUCGAAACUCACCGCUACAGUUCGUGCGGUUGGCUCCAAACGGCUCAGCGUACCACAACGGGCAGCGCUGGUACUUACCAAAGCAGCGGUGGAUCGCAUCAAAACUUUACUCGCUACGAAGAGAGAUGUUAUCGGGUUGCGAGUCGGCGUCAAGCACAGGGGAUGCAACGGCCUCACUUACGUUUUAGACUACGCGACCGAGAAAGGCAAGCUGGACGCUGAAGUGCAACAGGACGGAGUCAAGGUGUUCAUCGACUCCAAGGCCCAGCUAACACUUCUUGGCACAGAAAUGGACUAUGUUGAGACGGAGCUGUCCAGCGAAUUUGUUUUCAACAACCCUAACGUCAAGGGAACGUGCGGUUGCGGUGAAAGCUUUACAGUAUAAACUAUCGCACGGUUGUAGCGAAGUUGUUGAGAAUGAGUUAGUCUGUUAAAUAGUUGAGCAGUUGGUGACCUCAGUAUGAAAAUUAAACAGAAAAACUAGCAAAA